GACCGGGACGCGCCGCGGGGCCGCCAUGGAGCCGGCGGCGGAGCGGUACCUGGGGGGCGUCGUGCGCGGCAGGAUGGAAGGAUUCGGCUACUACACGCUGCCGACGGGCACCGAGUACCGGGGCUCGCUGUGGGACGGGAUGUUCCACGGCAAGGGCCAGCUGCUGCGCCGCAAAGGCGGCGGCUACCGGGCGCUCUGGGACCGCGGGGUGCCCACGCAGGUACGGCCGGGGGGUUCACCCCGGGGGCUCGGCUGGCAGAGGCUGGAGGCGAAACACGCGGAUUUCCCAGCCAAGGCAGCGUCCGGCCCCUCGGCGGCGGGAGGCUGCUGGCGGCCGGGCACCGCGGGCAGGAUUCCCCGCAGAGGGCGAGCGGAGCCGCGCCGGCCCUGCCGCUGCUUCUGGCCAUCCAUCACGGUUAUUAACUCUGCUCUCAGACGUGUUUUGCAGGGGAAAUACACUUUUAGAGAUGGUCUCGAAUACGAAGAGGAAAAAUGGCUUUACUGCGACGGCUACGACAGAAGAUUCUAUACAGAAAUCCGUUCUGGUUUUAAACCACCAGGCAUUGCUCAGCUUACAAAUCUGGAUCCUCCCAAAAUAAUCCCAAAAGGUUGUUAUGACUUUGCUGAUGGAUUCUAUAACCCCAAAACCAGAGUAAUUGUUGACUACAAACGCAGGUUUCUGAAAAAUGCAGACGAUGAUGAGCAUGAGUGGAUCCUUCGGAACUGCCGGAAAGCCUGGGACUUAACAACUGAGCACAAACCAAAACCAUAAACCCGUUUUUCCUAGACAAUAUUCCAGCAAAGCAGACAGGAGAUGAAUGCAAAUGACCUGAGAUAAGGUUUGGUUCAGUGGCAACAGUCAGUGUGAAAUAUGUUGUGAAACAAUGUAUUGAAUAAAUUAGAAGAUUUCUUA